AUGAGCUACUCUGAGUUGUAUGAAGACAUUUUCCGUACAUUCCAGUUUUUGCCAAGUGAUAUUAUUGAGCUUCAGUAUGCAGUUCCAGGUUGUGAAGUUUGUUUUCUUCGUAACGAUCGUGAUUUCCAGAUGCUGUUUUGCUCUGCUAGAAUACAUAGGUUAGAGUGUGUCGAUAUUUCAGUUUUAAAGAUUGGGGGAGGUUGUAGGAGAUCUUGUUCGGUGGAUAGUGGUUCGGAAGUUAUUGAUGAAGAUGAUUAUUUGGGUGAUGCAUUCAGGACUGAAGUUCACAAGACGUAUUUGUCUGAUGAGUGGAGUUCUUAUAUUCAUCAGGUCGGGGAUAAGUUUCAUGGUGCUGCUGAGCUUCGUGAGAAGCUCAGGAAGUAUGCAAUUGCAGUUGGUUUCGAGUUUGUAUUCCUGAGAAAUGAUUUGGAUUGUAUUCAUGCGGUCUGUGUAAAUGUUGGAACCAAAGGUUGUGAUUGGCAUCUUCGUGCUUUUUCAUCAUCUGCCAAUGGUUACCUUUAUAUAACAGAGUUGAAUAAUAUUCACACUUGCAAGGGUGUAGUUAGGACUCAAAAGCACAAGCUUUUGGGAUCCAAGGUUGUCAAGACUUGCAUUGCUGCUGAUGUUAGCUAUAAUCUUUCAUUGAAGCCAAGGGAGAUUAUGAGCAAGUUCAAAUCAACAUAUGGGUUUGAUAUUUCCUACAAGGUUGCCUUGAAAGCAAAGCAUCGGGCUAAGGAAGCGAUUUAUGGUUCCGAUGCAGACACGUUCAGCAAGUUAUCUUGGUAUAAGGAAGCUGUUUUGCAUAGGCUUUUCGUAGCUUACGGAGGUUGUGUAGAAGGCUUCCAAUUCUGUUUGCCUGUGUUGUAUGUUGAUGGAACGUUUGGUAAAAGCAUUUCCAAGGGUCAGAUUCUUUCUGCAACUGGGAGGAAUGGAAAUCAAGGUUUCUACCCUCUAGCCAUAUGUUUUUGUGAUUCUGAGACAGAUGCAAACUGGACAUUCUUUUUCAAGCAUUUGAAGAGUCUGCUUCAACCUCAAGGAAGAGUUAUCACAUUUAUUAGUGAUCGGGGUGUUGGAUUGUUGAGUGCCUUCGAUAAGGUAUUUACUGGUAAUCCUCAUCUGUUUUGUUACAAGCACUUGGUGGCGAACCUUGCCGGUAAAUAUAGGGGUAAAGGUAAUUCAAAAUUGAUAGAAGAUGUUAAGCAGAAGUUUUUUAAGGUUGCAUAUUCCUCUACUGAGAAGGAAUACCGUUUCAAUUUGCGGUUGCUUAGAGCAGUUGGUGGUGCCGAUAUUAUUGACCCCUUUCUUGCUGAAUUGCCUGUGGAAAAUUGGUGCCGUGCAUUUUAUACUAGCUGUUGA